AUGUCCUCACCUAGCGCAUCCUCGGGCAGCUCCUUUCAGACCCGCUACCAGGAAAGCGCCACCUCAUCGGGCCGCACCACGCCCGAUCCAUCUCAUCACGCAUCGUCCUCCUCCUAUCAGCCUUCGAAAGCAAUGGCAAUGGCUCAACCUCAACCACAACCACCGCGCAGGUCAUCUACACCUGCGUCGUCCUUCCUUGCGCCACGCUUCUUUGGAGGAUAUCCCUAUGACUCCAUGGUCGGCGCCAGCGCCAACCAGCAGGCUUCGUCUAACACAAGUGGAGCCGGUGGCAGUGGAAGUGGAGCACCCAAUGGACCACCAAGGAGAACGUCGUUUGGCACCUCGCUCGGGGGUCGUCUGAGCGCACUCAGCUCUCUAGGAUUCGGCGGCGGCGCAUGGUCACAACCCCCCACUUCGCCGUCUCUGCAGCACCAAGCUCCGGCAUCACAGACUUCUUCAGCAGCAGCCUCUCCCAUGCUCAGACCAGCUGACAAGACAGCUGCAACGCCCGUGACUGCCUCUACAGAAGGCGGGAAAGCGAGAGGAGCGCAGCAGGUGGAGAAGAGGCACAUCUGCGUGCCCGAUGGAUGUGGUGGAUUUGUCACCGUCGAGAGGAGGGACAGGCGGCCGUCACAGGCUUGA